CCGGAAGCGCCGGGCGGCGGAGCGGGGCCAUGGCGGGCGCGGGGCCGCUGCUGUUCCUCCUGCCGCUCCUGCUGCCCCGGCCGCCCUCCGCCGCUGCCCUGCGGCUGCUGCUGGACGCUGCACCGCCUUUCACCUGCUCGCAGCCGGAUUUAAACUGUCUCGUAAGAAAUAGCACUUGCAUGGAGUCAAGCUGGCUGAAUGUUGCUGCUUGGACUCCCUCUGCUCCAAGCAGUCUCCACGUUUCUUCUGAUGUUUUCCGUAAGGAGGAUGGAAAACUGGUCCCUGUGCUUCAAAUAGAGUGGAAAGUGGCCACGGAUGCCAGCAUCCGCUGUCUGGAAGGGGCAGAGCUCGCCGUCAUGCAGGUCAGCAGCAAUCAGCAGAUCUGUGCCCAGUUUGACUUCCAGAACAAUUUGCCUCUUCAGGUCCGUCCGGAUGGAGGCCGGUGGAAUUUCACUUUUGACCGUUUUGAAGUAGAACCUGGCCAGACUUACCAAGUGACUGUGUAUCACCUGCCCAAACUGGGCAUAAAUGGAGACUACAAUUGCAAGUCCACUUCUCUCACAAUGCCUGAUUGCAGGGAUUCUCUGAUGAAAAGAACCAUCCCAUGUAUAAAAACAGGCAGCUUGUGGGAACCCAGGAUCCAGGGUAAAAGUCUAGAUGAUGCAACGCUGCUCGUGAGCUUCCACCCAUGGAUGGAGUCAGCUCGGUACCAAAUCCAUGUGGCCAGUUACCUGAAUGAGAAGAGAUGUAAAAUGAUCACCCACGAUUUCACUGAGGAUGGACUACAACAGCAAGUGAAUGUCACAAUCAAAAUAGAGAAGAACAUAAAAGCUUGCUGUAGCUACCAAGUACAGAUUCAGCCAUUCUUUGCAAACUGUGGCACAGACUGUCUGAGACACUCUGCUUUCAUCCCAUGUGAACCACUUCCAAGUACAGAACCAUCGGAUGAUACGAUGAUAUGGCUCUACUGGUGUAUCACCGGGAUCUCUGUGUUACUGGUAGGGUCAGUCAUAACAGUUGUGCUGUGCAUGACUAAAAAACGAGCAGAGCGCCGGCGAAGGAAAUGCAACCACGACAGUUUGCAAGCUGCACCGCACACCGAGCUGUCCCUGCCGCCCUUGAAGCUGCGGAAGGUUUGGAUUGUGUACUCUGCUGAUCACCUGCUCUACGUGGACGUGGUGAUGAAGUUUGCCGAGUUCCUGAUGACGGUCUGUGGCACUGCUGUGGCCUUGGAUCUGCUGGAAGACCACCACAUCUCGGAGCUGGGGCCCUUACCCUGGCUCACACGGCAGAAGAAGGAAAUGGAAGAGCUGUCUUCAAAGAUCAUCAUCUUGUGUUCUCGGGGCACCCAGGCCAAAUGGCAGGCCAUGCUCGGGAGCGAGCCUGUGUGUCUCAAGCAAGAUCAGCAGAAGCCAGUGGGAGACCUGUUCACCCCAGCCUUGAAUCUGAUCCUGCCAGAUUUCAAGAAGCCAGCCUGUUUUGGAAUGUACAUAGUUUGCUACUUUGAGGGAAUAAGUACUGAGAGAGAUAUACCCGAUCUGUUCAAUGUCACAUCCAGAUACCAGCUGAUGGACAAGUUUGAGGAUAUUUAUUUUCGGAUUCAGGAUCUGGAGAAGUUUGAACCUGGGCGGAUCCAUCGAAUCCAGGAAAUCACAGCUGAAAAUUACAUCGAUACCCCCAGUGGGAGGAAGUUGAAAGAGGCCAUAGAGACGUUCAAGAACUGGCAGACUGAGCACCCAGACUGGUUUGAGAAUGAAACCAUCUGCUUGGAUAGUGAUGAAGAGUUGCAUUCCCUGAACAGAGAGAGCCAGGUGGAUUCACUGCUGAGUGAGCCAGGUGGAAUUGUGAAACACCAGCUGCACCUACGUGAGCCUGACCCCGGCUGCUGUUACACCAUCAACCUCCACAUGCAUGAAGGUGAAAGUGCAGGCUGCAAGCUGCAGCCUCAGCUUAAUCCAUGUGGGGAUCCAAAUUCCCAGACUGUGGUCCUUCCUAUGGAUGUUCCUCCAGUUCAGGUAGUGGAGCCAGUCUCUUCCAUGGAAGAUAGAAAUAUACUCAGUCACCAUGUGCUGAGCAAUGAAGACUGUAUGGAAGGAGUUCCUCUUCUGGAGACAAGCUUUCCAAUGAGGAAUAACGUCAUCCUCCAUGAUGGCUCUGAAGCUUCAGUAGCUGACCAGAGUCCUGCAAACUUGUCAGAUGUCCUGAGUGACCAUCUGAACGGACUCAUGUACCCUCUUUACCAGCAGAGUGUCAUUCCUUCGGAGCCCUAUCUCUGCCAGGGGGAGGCUGAUGAGCAGAACCAGCUGGUCUUUGUUGACCCAUGCAAAGACCAAAGACAGUCAGUGCAGUCAGACCAGGGCUACAUCUCCAGAUGCUCCCCUCUGCCUCCUGAGGACCUUCUAGAGGAGGAGGAGGAAGAGGAGGAGGAGGAGGAUCAGGAACAACAGGGGGGCUUCCACGAACUCUCUCCAGAGGUUUUGAACAGCCUAAAGAGCCUCCAGAAGCAGCUGUUUUUCCAGGACAUUCAGAGGCGCUCUAGCUGGAGCUAUCCUGCAGAGGUGAUGGACAUUGACCAAUCUUUGGAGGACUGUUAGGCUCUGCCUGGGACCUGUUCUGUUUGAAAUACAGGGAUGGAAGGUGGUCCCAUGCAGAGUAGUACUGAGACUGCAUUUCCAGCACUGCCCAGCAGACAUGGAAUGUUGCCUCCAGUCUCUGUGGAGAGAAGCCACGAGUGUUGGCCACCCCUGUGAAAGAACAGGCAGUGGUUCUGUUCCUUGGGGAAAAGUAUUACACUGAAUUCUCACUGAUGGAUGGCAGAAAAAUUACUGUGGCUCAUCCACUCGUGCCUUCAAAAUGUCCUCCAGCUGUACUGAUUCUGUUGCACUGGAUAAAAAGUCGCAGGCAUGGUUUAGAAAAUAGGUUUAGAUAACAUGGUGACAGUUGCCAUUUUAAUGCACAUUUUAAACAUUUCCUUGUAAAUACUGUAUUAAAGAUGUGUGCCUUAAAUUUCAGCUAGAUUAGGGCUGUCUCUGCCUGGUUGAUAAAUGUGCCUAAAGAUUUUUCUUUUUCCCCCACUCAUCAUUCAUUUGCAGCUGCAUUUCCAUGGUCAUUCAGAAAUCAAGUGGAACAGCUGAUAAUAAGUGGGAUAAACAUUUAAAUUGAAAGUUUCCAUAACUCUUCCUGCCUCUCAACUUGGAGGUGUGUGCUUGAAAACUAGCAACAGCAGUGAAGGGAGAAGAGACCAAGAAAUGGAAUUUGGGGUUUUUUUGCAGGUUUAAGAAAUGUGGGGAAGAAUCAGGGGAAUCUGGUGUAUUCUGUGACAACACUGCUGCAGUGCUGUUUGCUGUUGGAUAUCUUAGCACCAGGAAGAUGUGAACUGAAGAUCUAGAUAGUGACAUACAAGGAAAUAAAGGACUAUUUUGGAGGAGGAAAAACUGUAGCCUCAGCAGAUGCUGUUUUAGAGUAGAAAUUUUAUCUGAGUUAAGGGAGGCUGAGCAAAAACGACUGUAAGAUGUACUUGUGUGGGUUUAAGCUCAAGCACAGGUAGUUCAGGCUAACCACCAUGAAAUACUGAACAGACUAAGGGAUUCAUCUUCCAGGAGCAGUGAUGGUGAGGCUGGCAUUUACCCUGUUUCUUAUCACUGUUCCUGCAGCCCACUGGAUAACCACCUGUGAGAUGUAAAUACAUCCAGGCCUUUCUCCUUUGUCAUCUUCCCAUCCAGCUAAGUUUACUUGUCAAAAAAUUUUUUUCUCAGCUUUUUCAAAAUCUAAUGUUUCAGAAAAGAAUCUAUUAUUUUGUCUUGCAAUUUAUUUUGUAUUGUGUGUAUUUUAUAAUUUUGUGUCUAACCUGUGGGGUUUUCUCCUUAAAUUAAAAAUCAAGAAUAUUUUUUUGAUAUAUUCAUUUAAAUACUUCUGUGUCCUCAACUCUGCCUAACUCCUUUUGUUGAUUUAUAUUAAGUUCUUAGUAUUUGUUACAGAAAUCUGAGGCAAAACUGAGCCAGAACUGAACUGGCUCAUGAAUGUCAAAAUAUUCCUGCAAAGCACAGUAUGGAGAUGAGCUGGACAGAGCUGAGGGCCUGGAGCCAUGGGAAGCACACAUCCCAUCAGAAAGGUAAAGGAACUAUUUGUAAUUUCCAUGCAGGACUCUUAGGAUGGCUUAAUGACAAAGAGAGUCCCUGCAGAAGUCCACACUUAAGGCUGGGAACCUUUCUGCUCCAACAGGAAUCCAAUCUAAUCCAAUGGGAGCUAAGCAAGAGGCAGCUGUGAUCUCAAUGCUUCUCCAAUGAGAACCCAUUUCCCAGAUUAUGUCAGUAAUUGCUAUCUUGAUGAUCCCACUUCUAAAAGUUUCUUUUAUCUUACAGCAAUUAACAUGUAAAUCUGAUUUUUUUUUUUCCCCAUGAGUCUUUUUCAAGUGGUAUGAAUUCAUAUAAAUCACUUAAAUAGGAAGCUCAGAAGUGUCAUCUGAAUUUCCUUGCCUUAGUCAUUCCCUUCUCAAAUAACUCCCUUGGUGUUACAGCUCUUAGAAUUUGCUUUCACUUACAAAAAGUUUGGUUGAAGGGAAAAUCCAGACACUAUUUUAGCAAUCCAGUAUGAGAAAAACAAGUAACUUUAAUGCAUCUGUGGUCUCUAUUCAAUACAAAACUGAAUAGACCAGCAAGAAUCAGAGGGGGAAAAAGGAACAAAAUCAGCCACAAGUUUCUAAUUUUAUUUUAACAACCUUGCUUUUUAAAAAAUACAAGUUCUGAUUAAUGCCAGGGGGAUGCCAAGUGUCCAUCAGCUACAGGCCUUAUCUCUCACUUCCGUUUCCCCUCCUGGGAGUAGUCAUCUCUUUUGUCAGGAUAACAAACAAAGAGCAGUAAAAUGCUAAAUAACUGAGUUGUUUAACAGAAUCCCAAGGGACCUGUGUCUUAGUAUGGCACAAAUUCGUUCAGCAAAGUGUUACUGACCUGGACCAGUAAUUUAAUGUUGGCACAAUGUACAUGAGUUGUGCAAGGUGCAUGGGGAGAGGUACUGUUUGCACUUUCGUGGUACCACCAUCUCUCUUCUGCAAACAGAAAGGUUUAAGUGGAAGCAAGAGCUCAAUUACCAAAGAUAAGGGAAUUCAAGAGGAGGAGCAGGUUUAUAAACAAUGAAGAUCUUUAAAUGUUUUUUUCAUAGUAAGUAAUUGCAGGAGCAGCAGCGCUGCCCUUUUAGUUGCAAGGGGGUUUCUGUAUGGCCAACUACAAGAGCUUUACACUCUCCAGACAGCACAUUUCCUAACAACCUAGAAACCAUGGCACCACAAAGAACAGCUUUUUCUACAAAGGAAUUCUAUGCAACACAAGUGUCAAUUUGCAAGGUCUCGUGUGUCCCAAGCAACCUUUUCAUCCAUGGAAAAAUCUGAACUGUGAGUUCACUGCCAAUAGGUUAAAUAUGCCAUGGCCGCAUGAAUUUCAAAUAUGCCAUUUUUCUCAAUAAUAUCCUAACUGGAAAAAGGCACUCACAUUUGAACCAGCAACAUUGUUAUGGGCUAUGAAAGGGUACUGAAGUAAGACUCAUUAAUAAUUGUGCUGUGAUUAUUUUGAUGUCUCAGCUAUGCUCAUGCUUCAGUGUAUUAGGGAUUAGCACUUUAGUGCUAUUGGGAACUUGGCCAUAGGAGUAGCCAAACAUAGUUGGCGAUGAAAAGCCUUUUUUUUUCUUCAGCUUGUUUUUGGCAAAGUUGGUUGGGGAUUUUUUUUUUUUUUCCUUCAGCUGUUUGACUGAAUAAUAGAGUAGUCCUAGGUUCAGGUAUCACCUUAUUCUCUCUUGAAUAAUUAUUUCUGAGCUUCUACUACCUAUUUAAUGCUGAAAAAGGAAGGUGCAAGGAAACAAGUAUCUGUACAAGCAUAAUAUGCCUGUAAUUACACCUCCUUUGGCCAGGAACUUAGCAUCCCCUCAACACAUUUCACAUCACAUAGGAAAAUUUCACAGUACCAAGUUUUACAAUCACAGUCACUCACAGCACCAAGAUUGUCCAGACAAGAAGAAGUUACCGAAGAGAAAGGCCACUGGCCAAAAUUCACACAACUGCCCGUGUAAGGGCUCAGGUUAAAAAUAAAGCACUGGUGGGAAAGUUAAGCCUAGCUUUUGCCAACUCUCCGUUUGGCACGAGGAGAGCAGCCAGUCACCCAUCCUAGCUGCACUUCUGAACAGAACAGCUCUAUUGACCCAUCUUUUCUAGGGGCUUUUCCAGCCCCUCAAAACCCAUCAGCCACCGAGAGCUAGGGGAGGAGACCCCCAUGGCAGCCCCACUUCUGCCUCUGGGAGCUGGAAGUCACCAGACUGUAAACAUUUUGUUGUAGCAGUCCACCGGAGCAGGCAGUUGAUCCCACUCUGUGACAAGGGAGCUGGGACAGAGGCUCUGAAGCCCAGGUCCUGAAGGAAAGAAUGAAUGUGUGUGUGGAAGAAGUCUGGGCUGCACGUGCAGUCCUGCUGUGGGUAGCAGUUGGCUGUGCUUUAUUUCCCCUUCCCAUCAGGACAGCUUAAAAAAAAAGAAAAAGAAA